GUCACCACAGAACCAACAUGUUGGGCCUGAGAUUGCAAAGAAGUCCAGCGCCAUGAUCGAGUUUAUAGAUCUCCCUGCACCGCACAGCGGUCACAUCCGCGUGCUGCAGCUCAACCGGCCGGCCGCAGCGAACGCCAUCUCCUACGCUCUGCUGUCAGCGCUGCGAAAGGAGAUCCAGACGAUCCAGUCGCAGUACAGCCAUAUCUCGGGGGCAGAGAUGCCCUGGACCGAAGGCGACAUCAAGGGCCCUACGAGAGCGCUCAUCAUUGCGAGCUCGGUAGACGCGUGCUUCUGCGCCGGGGCGGACCUGAAGGAGCUGGGCAGGCUCAACAGCGAGCAGAUGUCCGCCUUCUUCUCAGCAAUGCGAGAUACUUUCAAGGCGCUGGCCAACCUCCCAAUACCAGUCAUCUCAGCCAUCGGCUCGGCUGCCCUGGGGAGCGGCUUCGAGCUCGCGCUGGCGACCCAUUUCCGCGUGCUGUCCUCGAACGCGUCGCUGGCGCUCCCAGAGACAGGACUCGGCAUCAUUCCAGCCGCGGGCGGCACCUAUCGCCUCGCGGCGCUGGUGGGAGAUGCACGGGCGCGCGAGAUUGUCAUGACCAGCCGCAGGGUGGAGGGACCCGAGGCGUACACGUUGGGGAUCGCUAGCAGGCUGGUGGACCUCGAGACUGAGAGUGAGGGGUUGGACAGCGCGACCAUGUUGGCCGUGUCGAGGAGAAAGGUUUUGGUCGAGGCGAUCCGGCUGGCGGAGGAAGUGUGUGAGGGUGCUCCUGUUGCUGUGAGGGCGGCAUUAAAGGCUCUCAAUGGCCCGAGUGAAGAGUCGGAGAAGGCCAUGUGCGAGAGAGUGUUUGUGAGCGAUGACUGGCAUGAGGCGUUGAGGGCAUUCGGAGAGAAGAGGAAACCUGUGUUCAAAGGGAGGUGAUGUCGAAGAGGGUUGAGCGUCGGAUGUGUGUGUGUGUGUGUGUGUGUGUAUUUGUGUAUGUAGAACACCCUGAUAGAUCUAACCAUACCUACUUACUUGUACCUACUGUAAUAAUUAAUAAUAUAGAAAUAUGUGAAGC